GAUAGUACCAUGACAUUAUUUCGCUUUGUUCUAUUUUUAGUUUUAGUAGCAUCAAUUUAUUCCAAACAAAAUGAUGAUUUUGAGUCGGUGAAAAAAGGCAUUACUGAACUUUUCCAAACUGGAAACAAACCCUAUUUUACAAACGUAGCAAAAUCGUAUCAAUUACCUCACGUCUUCAGAGAGCACAUGGAAAAAGUUUACAACAAUAAAGAGAUUUGUAUCUUGUGUAACUUACUUUUCGACUUGGUGAUCGACGAAUGGAACCAAGGAAUGACCAAAGAGAAAAUCUUAGACAUUGUUCAAUACAUUUGUGUUGAAUUAGGAAUCGAAAAUGAACGAGUUUGUCACGGUUCAAUUACAAUUAAUGCCGAUAUUAUUUUCUACAUCAUCGAACACUAUCCUGAUAUUAAAGCCAAUAGGUUGUGUGGAUCCGUCCUUCAAGCUUUCGGAUGUUCAACUGGUGAAGAUUUUGACUGGUCAAUAAUCGUCCCUCCUGGAAACGCAGCCAAAAGACCGCAACUGAACGAUGAAAGUAGUGGAAGUUUCAAUAUUUUGCAACUUAGUGACAUACACUACGACCCCAACUACAAGCCUUAUGGUAAAGCCAAGUGUGGCGAACCAGUUUGUUGUCAGGAAGACCAAGGUGAGGCCGAUUCACCCGACACUGCUUGUGGCUAUUGGUCCGAUUAUCGCUUUGCUGAUGUGCCGUGGCAUUUAGUCGAAGAAACCAUCAGACACACUAAAACUCAAGAUUUUGAUUACGUUUACUACACGGGUGAUAUAAUAAGUCACCGAGUUUGGCAAACUACUGUUGAAAAUAACACAAAAACGAUUUCAAAAUUGUAUUCGUAUUUUAAACAAGCGUUCGAUGUUCCUGUUUUUCCUAUUUUUGGUAACCACGAGCCUCAUCCUUUAAAUGUUUGGCCAGAUGACCAGCUUCAAGAUGAAACACUUUCUGUUAAAUGGUUGUUCAAAUUAGCAGCGGAUGAGUGGUCGAAGUUAAUUGGACAAGAUGUGAGUGAGACGGUGUUGAAAGGGGGGUAUUAUAGUGUUAGUCCAAGACCUGGGUUUAGAGUUAUUGGGGUUAAUGGCAAUCUGUGUUAUACUGACAACUGGUGGUUGAUAUACGACGACGUGGACCCUUUUAACCAAUUGCAAUGGUUGGCCGACACGUUAGAACAAGCCGAAGCUGCCAACGAAAGCGUCCAUAUUUUGUCUCACGUCCCCACAGGGGAUAUUUCAUGUCUAAAAGUUUGGAGUCGAGAAUACCACCGUAUAGUCGAAAGAUUCUCUUCGACCAUAACGGGCCAGUUUAACGGUCACACUCAUCGCGACGAAUUCCAUGUUUACUACAACAGUUCGGCCCCAAACCAAGCCAUUGGUGUGGCAUUUAAUGGGGCUUCUGUAACACCUUACGACAGCUCGAACCCCAGUUAUAAAGUUUAUCGUGUUGACCAAAGCACUUAUACGCUUUUAGAUUAUGAAGAAUGGACGUUUAAUCUCACUUUAGCGAAUUCGCAGCCAGUUAGUGAAACACCGGAAUGGUACAAGCUUUACAGCUUUAUUCAAGCUUACGGCGUGAAUAAUUUACAAGCCAUUGAAGUUGACAAAGUCCUUUAUAAGAUGACUCAAGAUCAUUCCCUACUCGAUGAUUAUUUUAGGUUUAAAUUUCGGAAUGGAGAUGACGGAAUUAAGGCCGGAUGUAGUGAAACGUGCCGCAAAGAGAAUUUAUGCGAUAUUGCCAAAGCACAAUUUGCAGACAACACACAAUGCGAUUAUUUCUUACAGCUGUAUGAGCAAGGCAAACAAACUAUUGAUUAAUAAAGGA